UGGACAAGACGUCAGUUUCCUAUCGUGUUGCUCACAGCACAGUUUUACGGAGUAAACGGCACAGAAUCUAAGUUUUACUAAAUGGUGCGGCAGCAGUUACAACUGGGACUCUGUCAAGUUUGAUGACAAACGACGUAGUGAGCGUCCUUCAACGCGCUGUUACGUUACCAAAGACAAUUUCUGCUACACCUGGGAACGCACAGACGACUUCCUUUAUUUAAUACUAAUGUAUUAACUUAGUUACAUUUGUGUUAUCUGCAUCAUAUCAGAAAAUGGCGGGUCAUUUCCGCAGUUAUAUCUGGGAUCCUAUCUUGAUUAUAUCUCAGAUUGUACUGAUGCAGUGUAUAUACUACAGCUUUUUGGGCCUUUGGAUGGCAGGAGUGGACGGUUUAGUACAGAACAGUCGAUCCCUGGAUCAAAUCUUUAGUUAUGAGGUUCUAGGUUUCUCCACACCCCAAGGCAGACUGUCUAUGAUGGCCUUUAUUCUGAACUCUCUCACGUGUGCACUGGGAUUGUGGUUUUUUAUUCGCCGAGGAAAGCAGUGUCUGGAUUUCACUGUGACUGUCCACUUCUUUCACUUCCUUGCCUGCUGGAUCUACAACUCUCAUCUCCCUUGGGUCCUGUCUUGGUGGCUCAUCAAUGUUGUAUGCAUAGCACUAAUGGCAGUUAUUGGGGAGUACUUAUGUAUGCGAACUGAGCUGCGGGCCAUUCCUGUAAACAGUGGCCCAAAGUCCAACCUCUGAGUUCUUCGAUGGAUUUGUGGCCUCAUGCACCUUUUAUACAACAGAGUACUCUUAUUUAUUACUGCAUUUCCUGAAACUAUUUUAAAUGGUUUAAUCCAUUAGUAUUCUAAUGAAUGUGUUUUCUGAAGUUUACAGUGCAGUUGGAUUCAUUGAAUUUCUGACGAUGGUGUUCUUAUCCCUGGAUGACCAGGGCAUGCUUACUUGACAAGAAGCUGUUUUUAUUUUAACUAAAGUAGAAAUGUUUGACCUCUAGUGGAAUCAACAUCUGCAAAGAAAGUUUUCAAUCAAUAUGGAAGCUUUUGAAAUAUAACUUGUAUUUGUUCUUGAAUACCCUUGAAGAGAGAGAAAGAGAGAGCACUGAUGCUUAAAAUAAACAAAAGGAACAGGUUAUCAGUUUAGCUACCAUGGUUUAGUACUGAACUGAUGUACCUACUGGUAACUAACAGUCUUCUGCUACUUUCACUUGGUUUACUAAGAACAGGGAGAUAUUCCUAGUUACUGCGCCCUUAUACAACUUGGCAGCCAAUCUUUAAUGAGUGCGGUUCACUAAAAAUAAGGAGAUGCAUACGGUGAUUCUUUUAUUAUUAAACAUUUGGGAGCAGAAGUGUUUAAUACCUCCAGUAAGUGAAAAUCUCUUUUCUGGCAUUACGUUUUGCUUUGGUAUAAUUUAAAAUAUUCUUUUUCUUCUGUACUUUUCGGAGGAGAAUUGGAAGAACAUAUUAGUUAUCUCAGACACUUUAUAAUAAACAUUGUAUGUUUUCUGUUUGCCCAAAUGAAAAUCUAAUUAAAACAAACUUUAACAUUA